AUGCUCCACGUGAACCCUGCAGACUCGAGACUGCAGACGGACGCGGUGCUGCGCUGGGCGUCCGGAUUCAGAAUGCAGCUUCAGCUCGAUUUUGGCCACCUGUGGCUGGUCUUUGGGAUGGACUCGUGCGUGGACGCCCUGCGAAAGCUGGCCUCCAUCUCCCUGGAGACGCCGGGCGAGGAUCCCAUCUGCGCCAGGGUCAAGUGGCCCGUCAUGGUCGCCGCAGCUCGCGACUCCAUGUACAAACUUGAGCCGCACCUGAUCUAUCGCAAGCUCGCCGAGUACAAGGGGAGUGGGGGAGGCUUGCGCUUUCAAGAUCUUCUCUUGGAUGGAUGA